AUUGAAUUAAAUAAAAAUGAAAACCUAAUUUUAUUAAAUUUAAUUAAAAGUAAAAAAAAUUCAUAACAUUUAAUAAUCUCUGCCUGUUUUCUGCACAAUUGGCACUCUUCCUUGCCUUCUUAUAUACACCCCUUCAUCUCCUCCCUCCAUCCCUCACUCUUCAACUCUCUCUCUUCUUUACUCCCCAAUUUUCGCUUUCUCUCUCUUUCAUUUCCUGGUGGGUUUAUCAAUUUUUAGUGAUAAACCACACCAACAUUGCCUAAACUUUCAAACUUAUAGCAUAUAUACACCCAAACUUUUCUUAAUUUUGUGAAAAGAAUUUCUGGGUUUUUUCCAGAAUUUGAAAAAAAGGAAAAAUUUUAGAGUGUGUAAUUUGUUUUGUGGGUAUUCUGUAAUGGAGAAGUUUGUAAAGUUACCUGGUUCCAUUAUUCCUGUAAUGUUUAUGAUGCUUUUGUGUUUAAUUCCAAUGGCAUUUGCUGGUCAUAACUAUGGUGAGGCUUUGAGUAAGGGUAUUCUGUUUUAUGAAGCUCAGAGGUCUGGGUACCUUCCUCAUAAUCAAAGGGUUACUUGGAGAUCUCAUUCUGGUUUAAAUGAUGGCAAAACUAGUGGAGUGGAUCUGGUAGGAGGAUAUUAUGAUGCAGGUGACAAUGUUAAGUUUGGGCUUCCAAUGGCAUUCACAGUAACCAUGAUGUCAUGGAGUGUGAUUGAGUAUGGUAGACAAAUGGCUUCUAAUGGAGAACUUGGUCAUGCUCUUGAUGCCAUUAAGUGGGGUACUGACUAUUUCAUUAAGGCCCACCCUGAGCCUAAUGUUCUUUAUGGAGAGGUUGGUGAUGGUAACACUGACCAUUAUUGUUGGCAAAGGCCAGAGGACAUGACCACUGACCGAUCCGCCUACAAGAUUGACCCAAGUAGACCCGGGUCGGAUCUUGCCGGAGAAACAGCUGCUGCAAUGGCCGCCGCCUCCAUCGUCUUUCACCGUUCCAACCCGGCUUAUUCCCGGUUGCUCCUCACACAUGCUCGUCAGCUGUUUGAAUUUGCAGACAAAUACAGAGGCAAAUAUGACAGUAGCAUUACUGUGGCUCAAAAGUACUACAGAUCAGUUAGUGGUUAUGCGGAUGAGCUCCUUUGGGCUGCAGCAUGGCUCUACAAGGCAACCAAUGAUCAAUACUACUUGAGCUACCUUGCCCGAAACGCUGACGCUUUGGGUGGAACUGGUUGGGCUAUGACUGAAUUUGGAUGGGAUGUCAAGUAUGCUGGUGUUCAAGUCCUCGUUUCCAAGUUCUUAAUGCAAGGCAAGGCAGGUCCCUACAGAUCGGUAUUCCAAAGAUACCAGCAGAAAGCUGAGUUCUUUUUGUGCUCCUGCCUCGGAAAGGGUAGCAGAAAUGUUCAGAAAACACCCGGUGGUCUGAUCUUCCGUCAGCGGUGGAACAAUAUGCAGUUUGUCACUGGUGCUGCUUUCCUUCUUACUGCUUACUCUGACUACCUUACCUCUGCUCGUUCGAGCAUGCAGUGUUCUUCUGGUCGUGUGGCCCCCUCUGAGCUCUUCUCAACGGCCAAGUCUCAGAUUGACUACAUUCUCGGAGACAACCCAAGAGCAACGAGUUACAUGGUGGGAUACGGAAACAACUUUCCACAACAUGUUCACCAUCGAGGUUCAUCCAUUGUGUCCUACAAGGUCAACCCCACAUUUGUCACUUGUCGGGGAGGAUAUGCUACCUGGUAUUCCAUGAAAUCUAGCGACCCUAAUGUUCUUACUGGUGCUACCGUUGGUGGGCCUGAUGCCUAUGACAACUUCGCUGAUGAAAGAGACAAUUACGAACAAACUGAGCCAGCCACCUAUAACAAUGCUCCUCUUAUUGGUGUUCUUGCUCGGUUGACUGGUCACAGUGGUUACAGCCAACUGCUUCCAGUUGAUAUCCCAAAUGUUCAUCCUACUCCUGCACCAAAAGCCAGGCGUACUCCAUCACCAAAACCCAGGGCUGCUCCUGCACUAAAGGCCAGGCAUGCACCUGCUCCCCGAGCAAAACCAGUUCAUGCUUCAGCUUCAUCAUCUGCUCAUAUUGCGAUCAACCAGAAGACGACAACUUCAUGGGUUCACCAAGGAAGAACAUACUACAGAUAUUCCACAACUGUUACUAACAAGUCUAACAAGACCCUUAAGGACAUGAAGCUGUCUAUUAGCAAGCUUUAUGGUCCAAUCUGGGGUCUUACAAAAACUGGAAAUUCUUAUGGAUUCCCAUCUUGGCUCAACACUUUGCCAGCUGGUAAGAGCCUCGAGUUUGUUUACGUCCACGCUUCAACUCCUGCCCGUGUUUCAGUCUCAAGUUACAGACUCUCAUAAGGAAAAACCGGCUUACAGGUUUAUUUUUCAUGAACUUUGGGGUUGUGGAUGUAACAAAUUGUGCAGCUUAUACUAGAAUCCAGUCCAGGAACUAUCUUUUUUUUUUCCUUUUUCUUUUGCGUUUAUAUAGUUCUACAUAUUUCACUGCAUGAUGAUAGGGCUGUAGAAGAAGAAAAAAAAAGCUUUAGGGGUAAAUAAGAGUGAAAUGCUGGAGGAUGAAAGGUGUGAAGAGACGAAUCAAACGAGUGCUCAUCCUCUUUCUCCUCCGAUUCACUGCUUAUAUAUAUAUAAUUCGCAAGAAUAUGAUUUUUAAAGCCGAAGAAUCUGGUUCUCUAUCGGAAAAACUUGUUGGGAGAGUGGUUUUAGUUUCCUUUCAUGUAGUAGAUUGGGUGCUUUUCGGGUUUCUUUUUCAUUUUUGUGUUUGAUGUUGUAAACUCUGCAACAUUUCAGUUUCUUGUAUGAAUGAAUGGAUAUAGUUUUCAAUUUGUGUAA